AUGAAAAUGGAGGGGGAGCAAUGGAUGGGCGGGGUUGCCGGCGUGCGCCGUGGCAAAGCGUCUCACUUUUUAAAAGCCACGUCCUGCUCCACUACACGGUCGCUGCUUUUGCUUUUUUGCAUUAUUUUGCUCUUGACAGGGACGCCGUUUAUGUCGCUUUUGGUGGAGGCGCAUCACAUUUUGGCGGUGGACCUCGGUGUUGAUUGGGCGAAGGCAGCCACGCUGGGCGGCGGGAGCGGGGCAUCGUUGAUCCCCACUAUUGUUCUCAAUGAUCAGGCAAACCGAAAGAGCCCACAGUGUAUUGCCUUUCGCUUUCUUCCAUACGACACGGACGACAUACUCCAGAGGGUGGAGCGGUUUUUUUCGGAGCAGGCGCAAUCGCUUGAGCCCCGCUUCCCCGAUCAGGUCGUAUGCGGGCCUUCGCUGCUCGCCGGACGUGGGGUUUCGCGCGUAGUUACUGAUGGAAACAACACCGGCGGUGUGACGCAGGGGUCGAAUAAUAAGGAUACGUUGUCAUUGGAUGAAGUGGCAUCACUGACUUUUUCCGUGGUUCCGCACUCCUCCCGCGACAAGGUGACUGUUCGCAUUCUGGGUGGAAAGAAUAAGAGUGUUUUGGAGUUUUCCACAGAGGAGCUGAUCGGUAUGUUUUUUGCCUACUUGAAGCGAAUAGCUGAACGUGGCCUGAACGGUGAGCCGCUGCGUCACCUUGUCGUGACUGUUUCAGCCCACGCUUCACUGGCGCAGCGGCAAACAUUUGUGGAUGCUGCGGCUGUUGCGGGCCUGCGUGCGGUGCGGCUUGUGCACGGCACCACGGCAGCGGCUGUGCAAUUGGCACACCUCAACAUUGAGCAGUUUUUUUCAUCGGCGCGCGAACAGGGACCAAAGUACAUCAUGGUGUACGACAUGGGCGGUCGACGAACGGAGGUUGCAGUGUAUGAGUUUGCACCUUCUCGUCAGAGGCUUGGAACGAUCACGCUGCGUACGGCGAUUGUCAAUAACACACUUGGCGGCCGUGCCUUUGACCGCUGCAUUGCCCGCUAUAUUGAGCGGGAACACUUCCCAAAGGCGAGGCCUAAGGCCAUCGAACCCGUUCUUGGAGUCUCCAAACCGGCUGCACGGAAAGCGGCUGUUAGCUUAAUGCGAGCGGUUCAAAACGCGCGGGAGCGGCUCUCUGUGAAUCAAGAGGCCCCUGUCGUUGUGCAGGGCGUUCAAGAGGGAGACAGCGGUGACUUCACCACCAUUAUCUCACGUGCCGUCUUUGAGCAGGAGUGUGCUCAUCUCUUUGACGAAGCCGUACGUCUGCGUGACGAGGCGAUUGCGCAGACGAAAGGCAUCGUGUCAUCUGUGCGGGAGUUGACACGCUUUGAGGUGAUUGGUGGCGCUACACGCAUGCCUAAACUUUUGGAGCGCCUUAGCGACGGGUACGGCAGGGCGGUGGACCGAACUCUCAACAGCGACGAGGCAGCGGUAGUGGGCGCCUCAUACAUGGGUGCUGCACGGGCGAACAUCCCCAUUCGCGGUUUUGCGGUGGUGGAGCCACUGAUGAAUGAUGUCUGGUUUUCACUCACGCCUUUGCUUCAGGACCCGAGAGACGCAGCGGCGCCACCUCGCAACAGCACCCGACACCUUAUUUUCCCUAAGGGCAGCACAAUUCUGCCGGCUGUGCGGUCCCUUCAGCUGAAAAACCGCACCGCUGACUUCACGCUAACAUUAGAGGAUGAAAGUGGGCAUUUUACCCGGGCGACAUUUAUUCGCGGUGUCAACGAGAGUAUUAUUGCGGCACAGCUAUUACCGCAGUCUCUUCGUGCGAGUGAUGGGGCGGGAAAAAAAAGAAAGGAACGCUUGUCACUUGAGCAUACGGAGGUUAUGUUGGAGGUGACAGCAACAGAGAGCGGCAUUCCGUUUGUGUCCAAUGCGUACUUGCAUGCCACAUAUUUGAAGGUGACAGUAGCGAAAGAGCCCACAGACACCGUACAGAAUGAAUCGAAUGCUGGUUCCGCCGCGGGGGAGAACGCGACGGACGCUGAGGCCCCCAAUGGGACCGAGAAAUCUUCGAAGCUUCAGCAGCCCGACGAGUACCCCGGAGAGGAACAAGAGGGACAGCAGCAGCGUGACUUGGGAGGGGAGGAGAAGUGGGAUGAGCGACAAGAAAAGGCGGUAGAGGAAGAAGGAGAAGAGGAACGGAAAGAAAAUUAUAAUGUUAGUGAUCAAUCAAGUGAGAAGGAAAGUAACACCAGUGAAGCCACGGCUCCACGCGCAGAAGAUAAGUCCGCGGAGAAGGAAAUUGUCGAACGCGUGGUACGCAGCUUUCCCCUGAGUCUUGUUUCGGUACCCCUAUCAGUUGGUGUCAAUCUCAAUAAAUUGGAAGCGGCUGCUGCACGAGAUCGUCUUUACGCCUUUCAACGGGUUGACGAUGAGCGGCUGAUGCGAAGCGCCCUUCGAAAUGAUAUUGAGACCCUCAUUCUGCACUACAAAUCCCUUGAUGCGUGGGACAAGGCGGUGGAGAACGAGGGUGAGGCCAACUGGAGGGAAGUUGUGAAGGAGGUGGAGCAGUGGCUUGAUGACACCAGUGACAAUGUUGAGAUAUCAGAGCUGCAGAGGCAACAGCAACGGAUGAACAAGCUGCAAAUUGGGGGUGCUACGACUGGCUAA